UUCGCCGCCGUUUCCGGGAGGGAAGGCUAGGGAGAGCGACGCAAAGACGACGUUCCCGAGCGGCUUCGGGCCUGGCGUCCCAGUGCCUUGUGGGAGAUGUAGUUCUUUCGGCGCGGAAGCCGCGGCGCUGGGCCGGCGGAGGACUCCGUUUCCCACAGGGCCGAGCGCCACGCAAAGAUGGAGGAAGCGUGGCCGCGAUGAACCGAUCUAAAGCGGACACAAUUGGCGUUUGCUUCGUGGGCCCUUGCUCUCCUGGAGCAGUUUCUUCACCCCGGGAGUCAUGCAUGGCCCAGAGGAAUGGAGGUCUCGCCUGUGUUUGAUCUGGUACCGGGUGCUCAGAGCCCCUCCUUGUCGGCCUGGCCUGGUCCUCGCCAGCUGCACUUGAGCCACUGAGCAGAGCUGAGCCCGGCGGGGACACGGGGGGCUUUGCCACCAACAACCUUUGCCAGGCCCCAGCUCUCCAGCACGCAGGUGUCUGCGCCGGCCCCCAGCAGCCCUAGCAGGUGUGGCAGGCCUCUGGACGCAUGGCUGAGGCGGGGGCAGCCUUGGAGGUCGACGCCCUGCCUUCUGACACCGUCUCCCUUAGUGACUCGGACUCGGACCUUAGCCUGCCAGACACUGCUGAGGUGGAAGCUCUGUCCCCGGGGGGGCUGCCUGGGGGGGACCCGGAGGACUCGGGCCCUGAGGAGCCCCCCGAGCCCCCCCGGGCCCCCCCCGGCGCCGUGGUGCAGCCCUUCCACCUGAGGGGCACGAGCCCCACCUUCUCCCAGCGCAGCCACGACAUCUUCGACCACCUGGAGGGGGCGGCCGGGCGGGCUCUGCCCUCUGCGGCCCCGGCCGGCCCGGGCCACAGUGGGGGCUUCAAGCUGCCGCCCCUACCCUCCAGGCGGCCUCCAGCAGGGGCCCGGGGCAGGGCCACUCAGAGCCCUGCUUCUCCAAGGGCGCCCCCCGUCCCCGACUACGUGGCCCACCCCGAGCGCUGGACCAAGUACAGCCUGGAGGACGUGGCCGAGGCCAGUGAGCAGAGCAACCGGGCCGCCGCCCUGGCCUUCCUGGGCCCCCAGAGCCUGGCUGCCCCCGGCGACUACGUGCCCUCCUUCAAUCAGGACCCCUCCAGCUGCGGGGAGGGCCGGGUCGUCUUCACCAAACCGGCCCGCACCAGCGAGGCCCGGCCCGAGAGGAAGAGGGGCCUGAGGAAGGCCGGGGAGCCGGGCAGGGCGGCCCCCGGGAACCCGGGAGCGGCGGGCGGCGGCGACGGCCCCGUGGAGCUGGCCCACCUGGCCGGGCCCGGGAGCCCGGAGGCGGCGGAGGAGGGCAGCGGCCCCCGGGGGGGCCUGCAGGAGGUGGCUGUGCCCGAGGGGCCGGCCCCCCCCGGGGCAGCGGCGGGCCCCCCGCCCGUGGAGACAGUGGGCUUCCACGGCAGCAAGAAGCGGAGCAGAGACCACUUCCGGAGCAAGGGCCGCGGCCCCGAGGCCCCGGGGGGCGCUGAGGCCUGAGCGGAGGCUGCCUGGCUGCUCCCUGACCCGCCGCCCGGGCCUGGGGAGGGGAGCCCGUGGGCCGCCUCUAGGUGGCGCCAGUGGCCCGGGCUGGGCCGUGGUUUCCUGGGGAGCAGAGACUGCGGAGGGUGUGGGCCGGGCCGGCGGGAGCCCUGACUCCCCACGCGCCUGGGGGACAGUAAAGAUUCUGCUUGGUC